AUGGCGAUGACCACCUAUGCUAUGUCAUGUUUUAAAUUGUCAUCUAAGCUGUGUAAAUACAUUAGUUCCAGGAUGGCUAGAUUCUGGUGGGGUGAGAAAGAUGGAAAAAGCAAACUGCAUUGGUGUUCCUGGAAGAAGUUGGCUCAAGAAAAGGAGAAUGGAGGGUUGGGUUUCAAAGACCUGCUGAGAUUUAACAGAGCAUUGCUGGGGAAACAGAGUAUUAUGGGAGCAAGAGAGGAGGUGGAGGAAGGUAUAAGGAGGAAGAUAGGAAAUGGGAGGAGCACAAUGGUAUGGGACGACAAAGGUGGUGGAAAAGGAGAAAGCAGAAGCAUUAGGUGA